AUGGCCGUCUUCCUUUCCAACGGCCUACUUGGUGGCGGGCAGCAGAAGGAACCCGCCACUGAGCCCUCAACCUCCGCAAAACUCCCUUCUUUCGUACCCACAGACCUCUUGAACCCCAUCGAAGAAGAUACGUCGACUUCUACGCGCCAUAUAGACCCAGCGGACGCGAAUCAAGGCCUUUCAGAGCCCCCAACAUUUACGUUAGACAAGGAUUCUAUGACAGAGUCGCGCUCCUUCGUUUCCAAUGGUCUACUUUCUGGCGCAGAACCGGUGGACACGAAUCAAGACCCUAGUGCCCGAAUAUCUAUGCUGAAUACCGAAACUACGCCAGCGUCACGUUCCUUCGUUUCCAACGGUCUUCUUUCUAGCACUGAACCAAUCGAGGCGAAUCAAGACCAAAGUCCUCAAACACCUGCGCCGAAUACCGAAACUACCCCAGCAUCGCAUUCGUUUGUUUCCAAUGGCUUGUUGUCCAAUAUUGCAUCGAGUACAUCAUCGUUCCCGAUGGAUAGACCUCCUCAAGCUUCCUCCAGCACCCUUCGAUUCAACGUUCAGGCCCGUACCUUUAGUGGUAAAGCCGUGUAUAUUAGGAAGAAGUCAAAACUCUUGACGAAUCAACCAACGCAACAACUGUCAAGUCAGAAGAUUGGAAAGCUGCUCGAUGUCCCAAUUCAUAGGCUGAUGGAUGAGUUGUCCGCAGCUACUGCUGCUAGACUCGCGGCCCUCCCAAGUCGCGAGAUAGACACUAAGAAUGCCGCACCAGAAGACACGCUUUUGGUCGACCGCUACCGUCCCCGCAGGUACGUCGAGCUGAUUGGAAGUGAACGUGUGGCUCGGGACACCAUGACGUGGGUGAAGAUGUGGGACUGGUGUGUGUUCGGACGGAAGAAAGGGAAGAAGAGAGCCAGAGACGGCGACGAAGAGCUAUAUGACGACGAUGAGUAUCAUAGACCACGAGACAAAAAGUUGUUGCUUCUAUCUGGCCCACCUGGGCUCGGUAAAACUACAUUAGCCCAUGUCAUUGCUCGCCAGGCUGGCUAUGAGGUUAUGGAGAUCAAUGCCAGCGACGCUCGUUCCGGCCAAAUUGUCGAUGAUCGUAUAAAGCCUACCCUUGAGGCGGGAGCAACGAUAGGCAGCAAGAAGCCUGUACUCCUCAUCAUUGACGAAAUUGACGGUGCUACUGGAGCUGGUGAUAGCUCUGCGACAUUCAUCCAUAAACUCGUCCAACUUACCCAGCAGAAAUCAAAAAAGAAACGCAAUGGUCAGAAGAAUGGCCCAGAAGUAAAGAAACCCAUUCUACGCCCAAUCAUUUGCAUAUGCAACGACCAUAACGCCGCGAGCCUCGCAAAGCUUCGGCCCUAUGCAUAUCAAAUACGCAUGUCCCGACCGGCGGAUAUACAUACAGUGAAGCGACUGAGAACGAUAUGCGACGCUGAAGGUCUGAAGGCAGAAACACGCGCUCUGGGUACGCUGGUCGGCAUCGCUAGAGGCGAUCUCCGUAGCUGUCUCAAUACUUUGCAGUUCAUCAAGUCCCGGAGUGAUGAGGUCACCGAGGCAAUGAUUCGUCGCGCAACUGCAGGAACAAGAGAAGCCGACAAUACAAUAUCUUCUGUCCUCAACAGCUUAUUCAACCCGAUGACUCGCAAGCGCGUCAAGGAACUCGGCUUAACUGAAGACCAGGAAGGUCGCUAUGUAUCAAGGCUAAGUCAAGAGAUAGAUGCUGUCGGCAAAGAAAGCAGCAUCGCCACUGGCUGCUUUGCUCAUUACGCUAAUCUUCGACAACUUGAUGCCAACUUCUCCCGAUAUGAGAAGGCCAACGAGUGGUUGGGGGUCUACGACUACAUGACUUCAGCAAUGUACUCCGAGGGCGAAUUUGCCUUGAGCCAGUAUAUUCCAUACCUACUGAUACCCUUCCACCCUCUGUUCCAAGAGAGAGGGUCAGCAAGGGUGGAACGAAGUCAGGCUGACUGGGAGCAUUCGCAAACAAGGAGGACCAACGAAGAGAUCUUCAAAUCGCUUGCAGGUUGCAUACGCAUAGCAAGCGGCAAACUCGGAGGGUCAUACAGACAGUUCAUGUCCUCACCGGUGCUAGAAACGGAGUUUGCGCCGUAUCUCAAUCGCAUAAUAUCGCCUCCUCUACGGCCCGUGAAUAGUCAAAUCGUCAGACCAGAGGAACGGACUCUCCUCACGCGGCUUGUUAAUAUCAUGGCUUCGUUGGAACUACGAUUCAUGCAGGAACGCGCUGAAGAUGGGCAGUUGACAUACCGUCUUGACCCGCCAAUCGAUGUCUUCGUCAAUUAUGACGGGAAGAGAGCGGUGGACAUUACUGUCACCCGAUACGCUGUCAGACACAUUGUCGCGGGCGAGGUUGAGGCGAAGUUGACCGGCCAACGAGUUGAUAUCGUCGAGAGAAGCAAACCAAGUUUCCGCAGUUUCUUUGGCUCAUCCGACAAGUCGAAUGCCCCGUCUCGGACUCGACUAGGUGAUCAUGCAGAUGGCCCUCCGUCAAAACGCAUCAAAGUUGACCUUGCUGACAAGCCUCCGACCGACUUCUUUGGACGACCAAUAGAUCUCACCAAAAUCACCGUAGCGAACCAAGCACAUCAGAAGAAGCACGCCGCCAAGUGUUUCAAGAUAUCCUAUCGCUUUGCCGAAGGUAACUCAGCAGCAGUGCGACGUCCCGUCAAGCUAGAUAGCUUUCUGUAG